AAAGUGAAUAAAUCACAGAAGAGGUAUUUUCUUUUAUCCUCUUCGAAACUACCGGCGCCAACUCACGAAACCCUCACUCGAAAGGCUCUUCGUCUCUAUCUUUCUCCGACGGACGAAGCAUCCCGAUCUCGAAUUGGAACUAGGGCAUAAUUGGGGAAUUUUGUUCCGUCUGCAAGCUACAGGCCUUUUACGUCAGAGUAGUUUUCUUUUCUCAAGUGUUGAUCCCCAAGCUUCAAGAUGCCAGCCACAGCUGGAAGAGUUCGCAUGCCUGCGAACAAUAGGGUACACAGUAGUGCUGCCCUACAGACGCAUGGUAUAUGGCAAAGUGCAAUUGGGUAUGACCCAUAUGCACCAAACAAGGAUGAUAACAAGAGUUCUGCACAACAAAACACAGCUAGCUCUGAACCAGAAGCAGAGAAUGCAUAUGCUAGCUUUCAGGGUCUUCUUGCACUUGCUCGCAUAACUGGUUCCAAUGCCAAUGAGGUUCGUGGUGCUUGCAAGAGGUGUGGACGUGUUGGACACCUUAGUUUUCAGUGUAGGAAUUUUUUGAGUGUUAAGAAUGAUAAGGAGAAAGACCCAGAAGCUAUCCAGGCUGAUGUUAUGUCGGAGCUGGAUAAAUUAAAAGGAAAUAUAGGUAAGGGAAAUGGAAAAGGUGCAGUUGAGAGUGACGAGGAGAGUGAGGAGGAAGAGAGUGAAAGCUCUGACUCGGAUGCUGAUUCAGAGAUUGAGAGGAUUAUUGCUGAAAGGGAAGGGAAAAGAACUAGUAAGAAACGGUCACUGAAAAGAAAGGAUGAUUUGGUUGAUGAUGGAUCAGGUUCUGAUUCAAGAGAGAAAAAGAGGGGGAGGUCAAAAAGGAGGAGCAGAAGAAGAGAAUCCAAUGACUCAGAUGACAGCAGAAGGAAGAGGAGAAAGGAGAAGCACAGGAAAAGAGACGAUUCAUCAGAUGAGGGAGAAACAAUUAAGCGACGUCAUAGGAAGAGUAGAAAAGAAAAGAGAAGGAGAAGAAGCCAUAGGUAUUCUGAUGACUCGGAUUCUGACACAUCUGAGGAAUCUCAUCGAAGGCACAAACACAAGAGUCAGAAGGCUGCAUCGCUAACUGAUUCUGAAGAUAGCAGCUCUGUUGAUACAAGGGGCCGAGCCAGGAAGCGCUCUGAGAAGAGAAGCAGGAAACAUCGUUACGAGGAGGAUGAGUAGUCCUAUCUGGUCAAGUUAUCAGGACCAAGCCAAAUGGUCUUCAGAAUUGUUGGGAGAUGAGAUGGAUAUCGUGAUCCUUUCUGGUAGCUAUGGAUUUACCCAUAAUAAACCCAGCCAUGGUUGUCACUGAAGUUUAUUGUGGUACUGCAUUCAUGUGAACUGUAUUUGUUGUGUGCAUUUUCAUUCUGUAUAUUAUGCUUAUUUCCGAACUAGAGUGUGAAAUGAAUUAUCGAAAUAUUGAAUAGUUUGUUCGGGAGGCCAAAGGGAACAUAUCUUCUUUCCAAA